GUUUCGGUUAAUGCACUGCUGCGAUCUUUCUCGUCUAUUUUCAAGGCCAAUUAUCCAUAUUUGCAUCUUAUGGUAGCUUAUAACACGCUAAUGUGCAUGUACUACCGUUCAUAGCAUGUAUUUGCGUGUAUCAUGGCGUGCAAAAACGUUGUUUUGCUUUGCACCCCCAUGCUAGUGCUACCAGGUGAAAACGGCGCGCAAUACGUUAUGGAUGGAGAUACGGGCGAAAGGGUGUUUUAUGAACCAUUGCUGACCAUCGGGUCACUCGUAAAGUGCAGAAUAGCCAGGGUGUGGCCGGUGUAUCUUGAGCUGGAGAUCGUUGAUAUAAACGGACACGUAACAACAGUGCCAUACAAAGCAAUUUAUAGACCAAACUUCGUAGAACAGGACGUAAAUGCAGUUUUUUUAGACAACACUUACAAGCACGGAGCUGAUUUCGAGGGCAAAGUAAUAUCGUAUGGUGAUAAUAUGGGAGUGGUGGUAGGAAUGGUGUGAAUGUGAUCGGUAUAAAAUAAAAACGGG